AUAUAAAAGAACAGUUUUCUUUGCUACUUGUAUCAGUUUACAGUCUAACCUCAUUGGACUAACUACAACAGAACAAUGUUCUUUAAGGUUGUGAGUCUUCUGGCUUUAUUAGCCACGGUGGUGGUCGCUCAACACGGUCAUGGGCACGCUCACUCCUCGCAGCACAUCUCCAAGCACGACGGACACCCGCACGUGGUCACUAUCCAUGACCACCAUGGACAUGAAAAGCACGUCGACUAUUACACUCAUCCCAAAUACGAGUUCGAGUACAAAGUAGAUGACCAUCACACCGGUGACCACAAGACGCAGCACGAGCACCGCGAUGGUGAUGUCGUCAAGGGCUUCUACAGCCUGCACGAGCCUGAUGGUUCCAUCAGACACGUCCACUACCACGGCGACAAGCACACCGGAUUCCAUGCUGACGUCAAACACAGCACCCAUCACAUCGUUCCCGAGCAUCAUCACCAUCAUUAAACGAAUGAAGUCAUUCGAAGCAGACCCGCUUAAACAAUGUUGAUUUUUUCUUAGUCUUCUUGCGUAGCUA